GUCCAGAAACGCCACAAUAAACGAUCAUGAUGCACCGCAGCUUGAUGCGAUCCGGAACAGCCAUGACCAAGCGCACGGCGCCGCGACCCUCGUCGAGUGUGCGCCACUUCCGAAAGAGCGCCCCCACUAAGUACACGGAGAACAAGGAGGUCACGGGCCUUGCGGGCAUCGUGGAAGCCGACAAUCACGCCCUCUCUGUCAAGCUGCAGCACCUGACGAGUGUCAGCCUCAUGGGCGCCGUGCCGCUUGCCUUUGUGCUCAGCCCGUCGCCGCUAGUGCUUCCCGUUGAUUUGGCGCUGGGCUUGAUCCUGCCCGUGCACGCCCACAUUGGCAUGAACAACGUCAUCUCGGACUACGUUCCCAAGAACGUCCGCACGCUCGCGCGCCUGGGCUGGCUCGGCGCCACGUCGCUCAUGUUCUUGGGCCUGCUACGCGUUAACCUGGAGGGACCUGGUAUCACGGAGGUGGUCAAGACCGUCUGGAGGGAGUCGCCCAACAAGAAGAAACUCGAGGCGUAGAUAGACUGAGCUUUCUUCUCGGCGCCCGUCUGGGGACGAGGCUCCGAGAUGAACCCGAUUACAAAACAGAGGUGGUAUGUCUUAAAAUUGAGCAGCUACUCUAAUACGACCUUGAAAGAAAAGGUAUCGGGAGUCUAUACCUGCAUUGUCUGAGCACGCUGAGCACGCUCACCUUUAGGUAGACGACGUUUUCUCAUUGGAUGGAAACAGCAGUGUAGCUUGUCCAUCGACGACGACAACGCCAUCACUUGCUUUCAUGCACAUGGUCUCGCACUCGACAAAACGCUUGCGUACUCUCACGACACGGAUGUGGGCCGUCACCUUCUCGUCCACCAGUAAUGGUGCUCUCCAGCGCAGAUUUUGCUUAACGUACACAGCGCCCGGCACAGAGCGGCCGAAAAUGGUGGCGAAAAGACUGGCGGAGAGCAAACCUUGCACCACGGGUUUGCUUUCGGGUGUGUGCUUCAGAGCGAAAUCGGCGUCUACAUGCAACGGGUUGUUGUCGCCCGAUAGUCUCGAGAAGGCACGCGUGUCUUCGAUCGAAAAAGCG